UGCCUUGGCUGUGCUAGUAAGUGGGUAAAGAGAAUCUGGCUUCACAGCAAAACACCACAUUAAAAUAAAUAUUAUAUAGCUUAAAGGGUUUACAGACAAGUGAACUUGGUCCGCCAUGCCUCCAAAGAAACCCGCCCAGGCCGCGGGAAGUAAAAAAACCCAGGAGAAGAAAAAGGAGAAGAUAAUAGAGGACAAGACAUUUGGUUUGAAGAACAAGAAAGGAGCUAAACAGCAGAAGUUCAUAAAAAAUGUCACUCAGCAGGUUAAAUUUGGACAACAAAGUGCCAGACAGGUUGAAGCAGAAAAGGGCAGCAAGAAGUCUGAUAAGAAGAAGGAGCUGGAUGAACUCAAUGAGUUGUUUAAACCUGUAGUGGCUGCUCAGAAAGUCAACAAAGGUGUUGACCCCAAGUCAGUGCUGUGCGCGUUCUUUAAGCAGGGCCAGUGUACUAAGGGUGACAAGUGCAAGUUUAGCCACGAUCUGUCUCUGGAGAGGAAGUGUGAGAAGAGAAGCGUCUAUGUGGAUGAGAGAGAUGAAGAUCUGGAGAAAGACACCAUGGAGAACUGGGAUGAGAAGAAGCUGGAGGAGGUGGUCAACAAAAAACACGGAGAAGCUGAGAAAAAGAAGGCCAAAACACAGAUUGUCUGCAGGUACUUCCUGGAGGCCAUAGAGGGUAAUAAGUAUGGCUGGUUCUGGGUGUGCCCAGCAGGCGGUGAUACCUGCAUGUACAGGCACGCCUUGCCACCUGGUUUUGUAUUGAAAAAAGACAAGAAGAAGGAGGAGAAGGAAGAAGAGAUCUCGCUGGAGGAACUGAUAGAGAAUGAGCGAUCAGCUCUCGGGGUCAAUGUGACUCGCAUCACCCUGGAGACUUUCCUGGCUUGGAAGAAGAGGAAAAGGCAGGAGAAGGUGGAAAAAGCAAUGGAGGACAUGGAGAAAAAGAAGGCUGACUUUAAGGCGGGAAGAUCGCUAGGGGUCAGUGGUCGUGAGGUGUUUGAGUUCCGUCCGGAGCUGAUUGAUGACGAUGAUGAUGAAGCUGAUGACACACGAUAUGCCAAAGAUGAUGAUGAUGAUGAUGAUGAUGAUGUUGAACAGAUUGAACCAACAUCAUUCCAGGACAUAGACUUAUCACGUUUCGUUCCUAAAGAAGUAGACAACACAGGAAUCACUGUGGCAUCUGUGGACCGUUUCACCUCUAGGAAUAAGACCCAGCCGACGGCGGGAGAUGAUGAGGAGCAACAGGAUGAAGCGUGUGGUGGUGUGGAGGCCAAUGGGCUGUCAGGAGCAGAAGGAGGUGGGGAGGAGGAGGAGGAGGAGGAGGAAGAAGAGGAGGAGGUGCCAGUGGAUGAAAACCUGUUCACGGGAGAAGACCUGGAAGAACUGGAUGAGGAACUGAACACACUGGCACUGGAAGAUUGAGUGGGGGAGAUGGACAUUGUUGUUAAGGAUGGAUUAAUUGACUAACUGACAAAGGGAAGGACUGAUGGAGUCACAGAACUAGAAGAAUGAGGAUCAUGAGGAACGGACAGUCAGACAAACAGACGGACAAAGACAGACAAGACGAACAAAAGUUAAUUGACCGACUAGAAACAGGAAAAUCCUAAUUGGAGAGGCAGGUAUAGACAGAGACAGACAAAAUGUUCAUUAGACAGACAUAGACAAACAGGUGAACAGUGCCACCAGAACCACAGAUUGUUAAGCACUUGAAAGUGUUUGAUUUUUAAAAUUCAAAGAAUCAAGUAAUAAAGCCAGAUAUAAGAUAUAAUUUUUCAUCUCUGCCCACCGUUUAUUUUCUGUAUCACCCCUUUUUCAUCCCUCAUCCAUCCAUUCUUUCUCUCGGGAUUUCUUAACCUAUAGCUUUGCUCACCAAGACUAGCCAGAUUUUUGAAUUGGGGCUAGUUGGGGUUCACCAGAGCACAUGAAUGUCCUCAGCAAAUCUUUAAAAUGAAGUCAUGGCAACAUGCUUUUAAUUAGCUAAGAAGAACUAGCUAAUUCUUGAUAAGGCUCUUAUUAUUUUAAAAGUAGUAGUUUAUGAGGGCUGGCUUUGUUGGCUUGGCUAAGUGAUUCAUGGAAACAUCUCAGCAGGACUAUAAAGUUCCAUGUCAGUUUGAGCAAAUAAAAACUUAGAAGCAAAAGUAAUUUUGAGACAAUACUGCCUAUUAAGUCAACUCAAGAUGCUCUCAACUGUUUUGAAAAUGGUCCAUUUGAAAACGCAGUGGGAAAUGAACACGUGCGUCAGGGGAAAGCAAAGUGUGCAGACUUUCACCUGCUCUGAUUAAAACUGUGUCCAAAAUAGUUCAAAUGUGUGCCAAGUUGUUUUAAUGUCACAAUUUCUGGACACAAGACUCAUUUGAUUUCUCAUGGAGAUUCCUAUUUUCUUUUGAGUUGUGCUGAUGUUUUCAUUUCGAGGUCAAAACCACUUGGUUUAUUUGACAUCAAAGUUUUGCUGACAUCCUCUGCUAUGGCGAGUCCCAAAAAUGAUAUCUGAUGAAUGUUGCUUUAAGAGCCAACACCUAAAACUAGGUUAGUCCUUUUUGGGGUGACACUGAAAAGAGAGUAAUGAUGACGCUGUGGUUAACCUCCAUUGGCACAGUUUAGGAAAAUGGGUUUAUUUGCGAGCUGUGUCCCGUGGGGGAAAAGCAUCAUUCACCACCCCGACAUUGUAAAUAAGAAUGUGCUCUCAAGUGAGCUGCCUGCAAAAAGAAUAAAGAUCAUUCUAU